GCCCAUGUAUUACUCCUAAAAACAAUAAAGAGAGGGGAAGAAUUGUGCUUUUCUGGUUCUGGCCAGCCUCUCACUGGCUCAUAUGCAGGUAACAUGAAGUGGCGGUCCUUAUUCCUUCUGUUCUUGUUCUAUUGGGUCAGUGGCACCCAAGGCGACUUGCCAGGACAGGUGGAAUCCAUCAUAGAUACCUUUCAAAACUGGGAGCUAUGUAGACGCAUGUAUCUCAAUAGAGACACUCUAUGCAGUGAAGGGAACACCCACAACCCUAAUGUUACCAGCAAUGCUACACUUGUAACUAAUCUCCAUCAGAACCACUCCUUAUAUUAUCAGGGAGAGUCUGUCAAUAUAACUGCUGAUAUUAAUGAUACUACGUCUGAUCCUAAUAUUACAUAUACUUACCUUUUGUGCGACGUGAGAGAGACUGAUAUUGGAAACCUCUCUUCUUAUAUCUCGUCUACUAAGAGCAAUGAGACUAGCAUCGUAUCUACUACCACUUGGCAUUUUAUUGGACAAGUGUAUCUUUAUUUAUUCACUUGGGAUAAUACUGGGAGGAAUGGCUGUGAUUAUGCAAAUGUCGCCAUCAAAAAAUGCUCUGACUCAUUAAUUGUGAAUGUUGAGCUAGAGCAAGACAAUUCUGAAGAGGGACCUUUUCAAGUUGGUAAUGUCACUGUGACAGUAAAUGUGUCAUCAUCUCAUGCAAACUCUACUGAUGAUUGUCCUCCAAUUGAUGAUAGCAGUGGGACUGGUAUACAGUCAGGGAGCGCAGUGGAUCCUAAUAAUACUGAUGACACGUUACAGUAUCACUACACAAUCUGUUUUCCACCUGACAUUGGAGCUAAUGAUCGUUAUUGCAACAAAACUGAAUCAGAGAACUCAACUGCAUCUUUGAUUUAUGAUGUUACAGGCUUUGUCGAGUCUGUGGUCUACGUCGAAGUUUACAAAGCCUCUAAAUCGAAGCUAAAAUACGGCAAUGAUACUAUUAACAUCACAAUAUAUGAACCUAUAUCAAAUCCACAAGUGUCACAUGAGGACAAAGACAAAUAUAUUAAGCAGAAGAUACCCAUUACUGUCUCUGCCAGUGGAAGUACGCCAAUAACUGUCCAAUGGGAAGUGUUUCAUGAUGGCCACGAGUCUCCAAAGCGCUGUGAACAUAGCUCAUUAGUACUGCAUAGCAAUGAACCAGGAGUUUUCUACUGUACAUUCAAUGACAGUGGUAUAUACAACUUUAAUGUUAGUUUCAGCAAUACUGUCAGUUACACUAGCAAGGCAAAACAAAUCCCAAUACAGCCAUCUCCUCCCAUAAAUGUGGUGGCUACCAGCACUUCAGUUGUGGCUGUACUCGUAGUUCUGAUUGUUGUUGUCAUUAUUAUCAUUGCAGUCGUUACCAGUUACAUGUCUUAUCGAAAGUUCCGUAACAAAGCCACAGAGACGGCUGACUUUAGUUUCGUGAAACUCGAAGUACCUCCUACUCGACGUCAAAGGCUUGUAGCCCAAAUAAGCAAAGUAAAGGAAAGAUUUGGAAAGAAGAGGCAGCGAUUUGGACUCGUUAACACAGAUGAAAAUGUGGAUAGUUUCUAUGGAUCGCUGAAUCCUUUUGCUGCACAUGAAUCUUUAUAGCACACACACACAUAUAUACAAGAGUAUUGAGCAAGAGAGAGAGGGCGCUAAUAAUAAAUCACGAAAAAUAAAUCAUUUAUGUAUAAUGCGUGUAUGCCAGUGUGUUUUAAUUUUGUCUAUAAUAUUAUUGUAGAUUAAAUGCUAAUUGUGAUUAUUCCUCAUCAUUUUGUUUUAUAUUUAA